AUGGCGACGUCAGUUGAGAAAGUGGAGGCUUGUGCUGUGAUACGGUUCCUGCAUUUGCAAGGGAAGUCUGCCAGGGAGAUCCACGACCAGAUGACCCCUGUGUAUCAGGAAGGUGUACCUUCAUAUGGCAAAGUGGUCAGGUGGAAGAGGCGCUUUCAUUGUGAACAGACAAACAUCGAAGAUGAACCCCAAAGUGGAAGACCAUCUCUCGCUGAGGAUCCGGGAAUUGUGGCACAGGUGGAAGCUUUGAUCCUAUCUGAUAGGCGCAUAACUAUCGAAGCUAUUGUUCAUGAGAUCCGCAUUGGCCAUGGGUCUGUUUUCAACAUCAUCCAUGACAAGUUACACAUGACAAAGGUCGCUGCGCAUUGGGUGCCACGAUUAUUGAACCCAGUUCAAAAACGGCAAUGGAUGGAUGUGUGCAAGCAUGCAGGCUCGCCACCACCAAAGAAAGCCAAACCCCAGCUGUCAUCAGGAAAGGUGAUGUUGAGUGUGUUCUGCGAUUGGCGGGGUGUCAUCAUGACUGACUAUGCGCAAAAGGGCAUCACCAUCACUGGCGAGUACUACUGGGACCUUCUGAGAAAAUUAUGGGAGGAAAUCAAGAAAAAGUGA